AUGGGGUGCUCCUGCACCCCCUUCCCCCCCCGCCACAGGGCGGGAAGCGGGCGACAGCUGGCGAAAGGGGGAGGUGCGGGGGUGCCCGAGGGAAAAGAGGGCAGCGGAUCAGGGCGGACGGCGGUUCCUGUGGCGGCGACGCCAGGCGCGCAGCAGUGCAGGGCAACCGUCCAGAUGGCUAGCAGGUUCCUAGGUGGCUUGGUCCUCCGGGUAGCCCCGCCACUCGACAAGGUAUUGGGUCUCGUCGCCGGACCGACGCUGGUCCAUGAUGUAGUCGACUUCCUACCGAUCCGUGGGGUUACCUGCGACAUCUCGGGAUAUGACUCUGCGCCCGGUCGCAGAGCUGGCGGAAGAGCUUGGUCAUCGGCGGAGUAA